GUUCCUUAUGGCCCAUUCAUUAGCGCGCGAUUCUGAAUGUGUGUGUAGCAUGACAUCCCUGCCACAUAUAUUGCCUUAGAACAGACAGAAAAAAAUGUAGACCAACAUUUUUUGAAAACAGUUUUUGUACUUUCGCGGUACGUUUUGCCAUUCUCAAUGACGCAUGUCUUUCAACUAGUAGCAUUCACCGCGGCACUCGGGCUUUCUCUCGCUGUGUUCACGCCACACGAGUCCGCAGGAUGUAACAACACGCACAUCGCAACAUUUGGCGGGAGAUGCGUGAUUCACAUGGGCGGCCUGUUCGCUUUCCCGGGCAGCCCUUCCAUAGGUAUGCAACAAGAGGUGGCGCAGACGGCACUGGAUCACGUCAACAGCUUGGAUGGGAUUCUGGAUGGCUACCAUCUCAGCAUGAGGUGGAAUUGGACUGGGAGUGCCGAUCCGGAGGAAGGGUUGCGAAUACUCUACAAUCUAGCCUACUCCAGAGCUCCGGUUCCAAUUAUAUGGGGACCACUCCUACCGCAGGAAGCAAUCAUAGUCAACAAGGUAGCGGCAAGAUUCAACAUCGUUCAGAUAACUUUAGCAUCGGGCCCAGCGUUGACAGAUCGCAGCUUGUACCCGUACACAGUCAGAGCCUACCCGAGUGACAGGUCCCGAUCGCUGGGCGUGGCAGCAUUUAUAAGGGAAAUGGGGUGGAGGCGUAUCGCAUUCAUCUUCGAGGAGAACGCCGCCUUUCAAACCCAUACGAAGGACCUGCGUCAGAUUUUAGAGGCAGAUGAAGUCGAAAUAGUGGCAUCUGAAGGAGUAAAAAAUAUCGAUUUGUUCCAAGUGCAUCUUCAAAACCUCAAGCGCCAAGAUGUCAGAAUCAUAUAUACCGGAUUUUCGAAUAUUCCAGCGAUGCUGAAGCUUUUCUGUCAGGCGUAUAUCGCCGGAUUGACCGGUGCCAAGUACGUCUUGAUACCGCCGUUCUGGGCCAACUUUGAAUGGUGGCUGCUCGGCACACCGUCAGAAAUCGAGCCUUGCACGGAAGAGGAGAUCAUCUCUGCUGUUGAUUUAUCCCUACAUUUCAACGUCAAACAUCGCUCCCAGGGUCUACCAGAACUGGACUUCAGCGGAGUGAAACCUUUGCCAGAACAUUACGACUACUACAACAGGAUUUUCCCAUUCAGUAAUAACGUCGUGCCGGUAACGCACGACGGCAUCAUGUCCGUGGCACUGGCCUUGAAUUCCUCCAUAGCGGACCUGCAGCGUCUGCAACCUCCUCGAAGACUUGAAGAUUUCAGCUAUACCGACACCGAGAUGGCGAGGGUGAUUUUGAACCACGCCGAGAACAUGGAGUUCUCCGGAUUGUCGGGUCGUGUUCGCAUAGAGGAUGGCCAGCGUAUAGCACAGAGAGUCUACAUUGACCAGGCCCAAGGCACAAGUUUGAAGAACGUGAUGCAAUACAAGAUUCAGGAGGCUGUCCUGAUAGAUUCUGAGACCACUAGAAUCAAGUGGCCAGGUGGCCGUAUUCCGGUGGAUGGCGUAACAAGGAGGUCCCUGGUCCUGGAGGUCUCGUCCACCGCACGGGCCAUUCUCUUCUCCCUAGCCUCGCUCGGUGCCGUCCUGGCGUUAGCGUUCCUCUUCCUUAACGUCAGAUACAAACACAGGAGGGCCAUCAAGAUGUCGAGUCCUUCCCUGGGUAACCUGACUGUGGUUGGUUGUCUGCUUCUCUACGCCUCCGUCUUCGCUACUGGUUGGGACAAGAAAGACCUGUCUGAUACGGCUAUAAUCGUCAAGUGUCACCUGGAGAGGAUGCUUAUCUCCCUCGGGCUUUCGUUUGCUUUCGGUUCUAUUUUCAUGAGGACCUACCGGAUACACGCUAUAUUCAGCCGUGCAGUGAAGAAAUUCCAACGGAUUGACCUACCGGACUGGAAACUUAUAUGCGGAGUGUUGACGGCUGUCUUCGUAGAUUGCGUCAUUUUUGCCGCGUGGAUUACCCUGGAUACAGCGACUGUUACCAAGCGAGAUCUUGAGCCCCAGCUUGACACGACAGAGCCAGAGAAGGAGAUUUAUGACGUCCCCAUCAUAAGGUAUUGCAGCAGUGAGCAUGCUCAGUACUUCACCAUCGCCCUCUACGGCCUGAAGGGAGUUCUCUUGACCUUUGGCCUUUUCUUGGCCUGGGAGACAAGAAACAUCGCCGUAACACGACUUAAUGACAGUAAAUACAUCGCAGCAUCGGUGUACAUGGUCGCCUUGACCAUAGCCCUAGUUGUCCCAACCAUGACCGUCUUGGGUGAUGACGUCAAUAUGACGUUUCUGGUUCCCGGGGUUGCCAUAGUGAUCGUCAACACUGCAGUGCUGUGCCUGAAUUUCAUUCCAAAGGUGUACCUCCUCGUCUCUGUUGAAGAGAAGAACAUCUGUUUGAGCAUGAUGAAUUCCACAGGCUAUGGUGAGUCCUCCGCGUCCAAAGAGAAGGACAAUAUUAAUGAACUGGAGGAACUCCGAGAAAAACUGAAGCAGAAGGAAGACGAACUUUUCCUGCUUACUAAGGACACCCCCAGUUCAACAUUCCACGGAACACACGUAAAUUAGAAAUCUUCGCGUGCAUAGGGUAAUGUAACAGCGAAGUAAUGGGAGUAUAUACAAAGUAUAUACAAAAAUGCUAAGUCUUGCAAGGUUGUUACAGUCCACACUACAACGUUGAUGAGAUAGAAAAAUGAGCCGCAAGACAAAACAAACCAAGAUUUCUUCCAAACUGUUGACUUGGUGAUAACAUAACCUGGUACGAACUUGGACCCGAGUCUGAAGAUGUUGUUGAUAUUGUGGCGUCAUUAUGACGUCAUCAGUUACCAAUUUACAAGCGAUUUAAGUUCAGAAAUAUAUCUUUUGAACUAAAUAGUGUAUCCUGUUCGUAUUUCGUGAGGUGAGCAACAUUGGACCGCUUGGACUUCACUUCCAGUGUUACUAGAAGUGCAAUGAAAAGGAAUAUAACUCAAAAACGGAAGCAUUUUACUACAAACAUACAUAUAGUCAAGUGUUCAGUGAGGAAUGCUAUCACAAGAAAUACCAUGAUGACGUCAUCAACCGAAAGAGUGCCCUAUAGCGGCACAUUAAAGACAGUUACAAAAAUGUAAUUCAAAAACCAUUCGUCAAAACUUUACGAGAUUCCCCCUAGAUAUUUUUUUGGACAACCACAAAUGAAUUUGAAUGGUUUAAGAAUCAUGACGUCAUCAGACUGAAAAUUAUGGUAGGGAGAAUUAGAAAUGAUCAGUUUAUUUUAGUAUUUUUUAAAUUGAAAUCCGUCAUUAGAUCCCUAUCUAGCACAAAUAAUGAUUUCCGGUACAAUGUUGACCUAGGGCAAUGUUGACCCAAGUUGGGCUGCCAAAUGAUGUGACGACAUCAAACGGGAAGUUGGGUGUUAUUAACAAAUUCACUUAAAAUUCGUUAUAAUGUACACAUUUGCAAAGGUUAUUUUUACUUUAUGAUGAAAAUGGCCCAUCUCUGAACUAAAUCAGUAUUCAUUUUGCCGUUUUAACUGAUGACGUCAUCAAACCGGAAAUAAAUGUACGUGUACCAAAACAAUUUA